AUGGCGCCCACCAGGAUGAAGCUGCGUGUGCGGAGGAAGGACAGCGGGGGAGGGGGGGGGGGGGGGAAGACCUCCCGCUCAGUGUCAGCCGAGGCGUCUCCGGACUCCAAGUGUCCCAUCUGCCUGGACGUGUUCCAGAACCUGGCCUACCUGGACGCCUGUCUACACCGCUUCUGCUUCCGCUGCAUCCAGGAGUGGUCUCGCAGCAAGGCCGAGUGUCCGCUCUGUAAGCAGCCCUUCUCCUCCAUCCUGCACUCCGUCCGCGCACAUGACCACUUCAAGGAGUUCCGGCUCCGCCCCCCGCCCAACCACGCCCCAGCCGCCGCCGCCGCAGGCGCUGCCUUGACGACGGACGGCAGGCGCCGGCACCGGCAACGGACCGUCUCUCAGGGGGGCCGGGCGGGGGAGGGGGGCACGAGGGGCGGGGGGAGGGAGAGGAGGCGAUCGGGCCGUAUCCGUGGGAGACCGACCACCUCCCCCCCUCCUCCUCCUCCUCCUCCUGGGGGCGGGGCAGGGGGACAGGAGGGGGAGGAUCCAGGGCUGAGCCUCGUCUUCGGGUCGUCGUCUGUGUUGCCUAGAGACGGGGGCAGGCUGCUGAUGCGCCUGGCGUCUCGUCUCCGGGUCCAGCCCGAGGGCGCCAGCGCCCGCCGCCUCCACCAGAGGGCGCUGCUGGGCUUCCGCCGCCAGCUGUACCGCACCGGCGUGCGGGUCCGGGGCGUGCAGGGCGGGGCGGGCCACGACAUCACGGCGGCACACUACCAGCACAACCCCGACGCCCUGCAGCGCCUGCUGCCAUGGUUACACAGGGAGCUGACGGCGCUGUACGGCUACAACACCUAUCUGGUCAACCUGGUGCAGGACAUCAUCCGCUCACGCCUCACCCACACUGACAUGGAGGACGGGGACAUACACGAGGAGCUCCGCCCCUUCCUGCUGGCCAGGACCGACCACUUCCUGCACGAGCUGAGCAGCUUCGCCAGGUCGUCUCUCAGCAUGGAGGCGUACGACCAGAGCGCCGUGUACGAGCUGCCCGCCCCGCCCGCCCCGCCCGCCCCGCCCGCCCCCAGCUACGAGGAAGGCUCCUCCUCGUCUGUUAUCGCCAUCUCCGAAGGCGAAGAGCCGCCAGCGCUAACGUCAGGAAGUGGAGUGAGCAGAACAGGAAGUAUGCUCAGUGAGGCACCAUGGGAUGAUGAGACUCCAGGCCCCUCCUACUCCACAGCUGAGCCAUGCCACUCACCCAUGCAGCUGUCAACCAGCCCCAGGGAGCCGGGAACCAAUCAAACAUCUGUCCAGUCCUGCGAGGCGACGGGGAAACACCAAGCACAGGAGGGGGAGGAGGGGGAGGAGUGCCUGAUCGUGGGCUACGUCAAGCCCAUGGCAGAGAGAACUCCAGAGCUGGUGCAGCUCUCCUCUGACAGUGAGGAGGAGGAGGAAAAGGACAAGAAAGCAGAGAAGGUGGAGAAUCUUCCAGCCCUCCCCUCCCUCAUCCUUCCUGUCCUCCAUCCCUCCAUCCCUGCUCUGACAGACCAGAGAGAGUCAAAAGGAGGAGAGAGCAGUACCAGUGUGAGAGAGAGCAGGACACUGAGCCGCAGCCCCAGCGUUGAGAUCAUCUACGAGGGCACCACCUCCCUAAUCCCGCCUCCUCGCCGCAAACGCCACGCCCCCCGGCGCCAGCGCUCCCCUCUGGUCAUCACCAUCGACAGCGACAGUGACCAUGACGACCACGGGCACUCGGGUCCUCCUCCAGCCCUUAGCGACCAGGCGCUGUGUCUCUCUGACCCCUGCGUGACCCCGGCGACGCCCCCAGCUGUGGAGCCUUGCCUGGACCUGGGCGUCGACCUCAGCGACCUCCCCGUGGACGUCCUCCACCACACCCCCGACCCCUGCCUGACCCUGCCCCUGGAGCAGAGAGGCGGGAACAAGCUGACCACUAGACCUGUUGACCCUGGGGUCGUGACCUCUGACUCUCAUCUCUUGGAGACCAUCCUGCAGGAACUGGAGGUCAUCACCCAGCCUGACCAGGACCAGGACCUGGAGGUCAUCACCCAGCCUGACCAGGACCAGGACCUGGAGGUCAUCACCCAGCCUGACCAGGACCAGGACCUGGAGGUCAUCACCCAGCCUGACCAGGACCAGGACCUGGAGGUCAUCACCCAGCCUGACCAGGACCAGGACCUGGAGGUCAUCACCCAGCCUGACCAGGACCAGGACCUGGAGGUCAUCACCCAGCCUGACCAGGACCAGGACCUGGAGGUCAUCACCCAGCCUGACCAGGACCAGGACCCCACUGCCUCCCCAGCCCACCCUGGGCCAAUCAGGGGCUUUGCUGGGGGAGGCAGGGAGGAGUAG